AUGCCUUCCUCCCCCCCGCACCCCCAGGUGGCCGUCAACACCACCAUCCCGGACGUCAACCUGUUCCUGGACCACAUAGUGGCCUCCACCAACAUGAAGUGCCUCACACCACCCCGCGCACUGGAGGGCGACUGCGGCUACCUGGCGGCAAACCUAUACGCCAGGUCCGUGUUUGGUGAGGACGCGCUGGUCAACGUGAGCGUGGAGAAGACGGCAGAGGGGAAGCUGGCGGGGUACAUCCGCAUCCGCAGCAAGACACAGGGCAUAGCCCUGUCCCUCGGGGACAAGAUCACAUUGAAACAGAGGGGGGACUCAUGA